AUGGUGGAUGAUGAUAUAGAUGAUGAUGGUAGUGGUGGUAGUGAUAGUGGUGGAGGUGGUGAUAGUGGUGGUGGUGGAGAUGGUGGUGAUAGUGACAAUGGUGGUAGCGGUGGUGAUGGCAAUGAUGGUUGUGAUGGUGAUGGUUGUGGUGGCAGUGAUGGUUGGUGUGAUGGUGGUGGUGGUAAUGGUGGUGAUAGUGGUGGUGAUGAUAAUAGUGCUGGUGGCAGUAAUGAUGGUGGUAGUGAUGAUGAUAAUGAUGACAGUGGUGGUGGUUGUGAUAAUGAUGUUGGUGAUGGUGAUGGUGAUGGUGAUGGUGGUGGUGGUCAUGGUGGUGGUGAUGCUAGUGCUGGUGGUAGUAAUGAUGACAGUGGUGGUUAUGAUGAUGAUG